GAAACUUUGAGCUAUGAUUCAAAAUAAAUUACAACAUAAGGGGUUUGCAAAUAAAUAUUAAUUACUAAAACCAGUCGAAAAGCCCUAAAGGCCUAAACCCAUUAGUCACUGUGUAAACCAACUGACAUUUUCUAAUAGAAGUCUCCGGCCGGUGUUUCUCCAUCUCCGGCAUCAAUGGCCAUGCUCAUGCACCGUCUCCGGAGAGUUCUAGUCGCCGCGCCUUCCUACUUUCAAAGAUCCUUCACUCUAUCUCGUCCCUCCGAUUUCACUCCCGUCUCAUCGUUAUUUCCGCGAAGAUCCGUGGUGAAGGUUUCACAAUCCUCGGAAUUAUUAAUUAUACAACUUAAGGAGAAAAAUUCCGGCGACAACACCAAAACCGAGAUCUGAGCGCCUGGGUGAUGGCAGCACGAAAACACACCUACUAGCUCCGGCGAUUGCAAGGGAGACUCCUUUGCGGCUUGGACUUCGACAACAAACUCAAAGCCGGAGCAACCUGUCCCGGCGCUUCCCUCCCGGAAUAGAUCGCAAGAAGACAACCACUCCCGCAAUUCUCGAGUCUCCGAGAAAACAAUUUUCAAAUACGGUGAAGCGAAAGGCAAGCACGGCGGCGAGAAGGGGAAGUAGCUCAAACAAACACCCAACCACCGAGAUCCGUGACCAGCCAACAGAUCUGAAACCAAAUCAGUUGUAAAAUCGCCUAACAACAUGUCUGAACUCAUGAUGCCGUUUCAUAUUCACCCUAUGACAGUUAAGAACCUAAAGAGACAUGCUUGCGAUUUGUGCUUCGGAAGACCGAAACCUGGCAUCGUAUAUUUCUGCAAGGAGUGCGAAUUGGAUCUGCACAAGGCAUGUAUCGUCCAGUUCCUCAACAACCCAGCUCAGUGUAAUCACCAUCUCAUGGUUUUCAACUCCAUGCUCGAUGCAAAUGGCAAUGAACGAUGCCAUUAUUGUCAACAACAACUAUGGUUUAUCUUUGCUAGUUGCACUAUAUGCAACAUAUGGAUCGAUGCAAAGUGUGUGCAACAACCACCAGCACGCACUAUCUUCCAACCAAAGCACCACAAGCAUAGCCUCUUCCUCUUGGGAAGACUAGUCACAUUUACUUGUAAUGCAUGUGGUGUGGAAGGCGACCGCAAUCCUUAUAUAUGUAUCGAAUGCAAUCUGAUGAUCCACAAAGACUGUAUUGAUCUUCCACGAGUCAUAACCAUAAAUCGUCAUGAGCAUCGCAUCUCUCAUACCUUUCAUCUUGGUCAAAGAGAAGGCAUUUGGGAAUGUGGAGUUUGCCGGAAGCCGAUUGAUUGGGUCUACGGAGCUUUCAAAUGCUUCCGUUGUCCUAGUAGUUAUGCUGUUCAUUCAAAAUGUGCAACAAGAAAAGAAGUGUGGGAUGGGAUAGAACUCGAAGAUGUGCCUGAAGAAGAUGAAGAAAUCGAAGAUCCAUUCAAGGUAAUUAAUGAAAAAGAUAUAAUUCAUUUUAGUCAUGAAGAACAUGUUCUCAGAUUGGAUGAGAAUUAUGUUCUUGAUAAUGAUGUUAUGCGCUGUGGAGGUUGCGUUCUUCCUAUCAACGACAAUCCAUGCUACAAAUGCGUGGAAUGUGAUUUUAGCCUUCACAAAACAUGUGCUAGUCUUCCUCGGAAGAAAAACCAUUUUUUGCACAACCAUAAACUUAUUCUACGGGCUCGAAAAGAUGACGUUUAUGUAGAUAAAUGCGGAGCUUGUGAAACUUAUUCUAAUGGUUUCAGGUAUGAGUGCCAUCAAAAAAAUGGUUGUAAAGGUAAUAUAAAGUAUGAUGUCCGUUGUAGUUCCAUAACAGAGCCGUUUCACCAUGAUCUGCAUCCACAUCCUAUAUAUUGGACCUUGGGAGAUACCAAACAAUGCAAGGCUUGCGGCACAGACAUACUUAAGCCUUUAAGUUGUAUGGUAUGCGAGUACGCUCUAUGCAUAAGGUGCGCUACUUUACCAAAAAAGGUAAAACAUAGGUGUGAUGAUCACUUCCUUUCACUAUGCCAUGAUUCUGGGAAAUCGAGCGGUGACUUGUGGUGUGAUAUUUGUGAGACCAAGACAGAUCCAAGAGUAUGUUACUACACUUGUGAUGAGUGUGGUGUCAGUCUCCAUAUAAAUUGUGUACUUGGAGAUUUAUACUAUACGAAGAUAGGACUUGUCUAUCCCAGUCUUGAAGUACUUCCCAACAUUGAUGUUACUCGACCUUUCUGCAACAACUGUAAAAUUCGUUGCAAGUCCAACUUUCUUAUGAAGAAUACUCUAGGAGACUUUGUUCGUUACUUUUGUUCCAUAGGUUGUAUUCCUAAAAGAAGGCCGCUGUUGAAUCGUCUUUCAAUGACUGAUGAAAAACGGGAAUAAAUGAGUAUAAUUGUGAGUUUUGAUUUCAAAUACUUGAGGUUUUAGUUUUUUUUUUUUUUUAAUUGUAAGAUAUAAAGGAUGUCAGUUACAUUUCUUUUAAAUAUAUAUACUUCUUUCAGUUUUAGUUAUCAUAUAAAAAACAAAUUAU